CUAUAAUAACCGACCGACCCAAUCCAGUCUGGCAAGCGCUUUCGUUACGAGUGAACGUAUGUUGACGUUACUUGAGUUUGUGAACUCUUUCGCUGUCUGUCCAUGAAGUAGCACCUUAGCCAAGAUGACUUCUCAAGAAGUAGCCGACGAAUAUCGUUCGUCGUUGAGUGACCUGACACUAAAUUCGAAGCCUCUGAUCACGAUGUUGACAAUGUUAGCGGAGGAGAACCUGACGCACGCAUCGGUUAUUGUCAGAGUUAUCGAGGAGCAAAUCCAGUCUUCAAAUAUCAAGUUACCACUUAUGUACCUGAUAGACUCCAUUCUGAAGAAUGUUGGAAAAGACUAUAUAAAACUUUUUGCACAAAAUAUAAUCCACACCUUUACAUUUGUCUUUGAAAAGAGUGAUGAAAAAACUCGGAAAAAGUUAUAUGAACUUCGUCACACCUGGAAUGAAGUCUUUCCCAAGAGUAAGUUGUAUAUGCUUGAUACAAAAGUCCAGUCUGUGGACCCUGCAUGGCCUGUUGCUGCUGGGACUUCAAGUGGUGCAGCUGCUAAAACUAUUCACAUAAAUCCAAAUGUAAUUGGUAUGAAGGGAGCCUCCCGACCAUUGACUAAAGGGGAGAAGGACUUGAAAGAUCUCGAGAUUCUCAAACGUGAAGAAGAGAUACUAGAGUUGAAGAAGAAAAGACUCCUACUAGAACAAAAAAAGAAAGAUAUGGAAAAGAGUCGACACCAGAAAGUUGAGCCUGAACCUAAACCUGACCCACCAAAGCCUGUGAGCAAGCCUACUGAAGACCCCUCACUUUCUGCUGAGAGGCGUGCCGAGAUUCUUCGAUCAUACAAAAUCAAGAAAAAAAGCCAGAUGCCAGUUAAGGAAGACGUAAAGCAGGUGAGUGGAACCAUCCAUGUUGACCCUCGGCGAAUGCAACAGGUUCUUCCACACGUAGCUGCUGUUUCAGUUCCUGUGACUUCGCGUGACCCUAGAACUGAGUCAUCACGAGACCCAAGAAUAAAACAAGAUAAACCAUCAAGGGAUCCAAGAAUAGCUCCUGAAAGCUCUCGUGAUCCUAGAAUCAAGGCAGAAGUCUCAAGACUUAAACCAGAAGCAUCACGUGACCCUAGGCUAAAAGCUGCCGAGACUACUACAACUAGUAUUAACACACAGCCAAAGCCAUCAGAGCUGCCAUUAACUUCUUCAAGGGAUCCUAGGGUUUCUAAUAAAGAAACUGAAAAAAAACCUGAUACUAGUGGGAAAAGUAAAAAGGAGUCACCUUCCAAGCGUAAAAAAUCUCAGAAAAGCGAAUCAAGGGAUAAUCGAUCUUCAAAAUCUUCCUCACGGGAUAAAGAAGUUGCUCCUAAACCCAAGCCAACUGAGGUACCGGAAACUUCGACACCAUUUAAAAUAAGAAAAACCAGAGCGCGUAACUAUAAGGUACGAGAAGAUUCCCCAGAUGAAAAAAACACUUCACAGAGCAGCAGUGGGAAACGGUCACGUGGAGAUCGAACAUCAGGUUCAGAAGAUACUGAUGAUAGUGAUCAUUACAUGGGCAAUUUACCAAACCAGUCUCAGCAGAAGCAUGGCAACAAAAAAGCAAAAAAGGCUGAUGUGUGUAGCCCGCCUGUAAUUAGUGACACAGAUUAUCGCCAGUUCACCCCGCCAAAGCGGCAGUCAACAUCCAACGAAAAUGUGUCACCUCCAAAGAAAGACAAAAUUAUGGAAGAGGAAACCAUAGAGCCUCCUCAGGGACUUGGACUAUUCAGCAACCAAGAUGUUGACUAUCGUCAGAUACUUCCACGACCUAUGCAGAUUCCACCGCCCAACAUUCCUCCUGUUGUACCUCCAACUUUUGGUGGAAAAGACCAAGAUGAACGAACAUCAGGCAGCAGAGAUGUUAACAGUAGAGAUCCAAGAGACCCAUUGGCUUGUAUAAACUCUCCAGAUAAUCAAGAUCUGAAAGGAGACAUGGGUCCUCCAGAUUCCAUGAAUACACCUGCACGAAAUGCAGAAAAUCGAAUGAGAAAACCAAGUUUUAAUAGUCCACAUGCAGCUUCAUGGGAGAAAUUCAGAGAGAAGAAUCCAGAGUUUAAAGAGUACAUGCGGCAAGCUAGUAUAUCGGAGUCUGAAAGAAGUAUUUCUCUUGAAGCUGAAGAGAUGGAAUUAAGUGAGGCCCAGCAGCAUGGUUUCCCACUACGAAUAAGAGAUAUAAAUUUUCCUUUCAAGACUGAGAAGAAACGACCAUCUGUUGAAGGGAGACGUCAACUCUAUGAUGAAGAAGUAGAAGAUUUGGAGUACCCAAGGAGGGUGGAAACUGCAAGAGAGAAUUAUAAGGUAAUACUGAAUCAAGCAGAGGAUCAAAGGAAGCGAGGGGAGAUCAACAUGGCUCAGUACAAUCAAAUGCUUACUACAGUUGUUACAUUGAUGGAACAAGACAAGAUCCAACAAGCUCGGGAUCGUGAUAGACACCUUAUGAGAACACCUCAACCGCAAAUGCCUGGUUCGGAGAAUGUACCAGGAGCUGAUGAACCAAGUGAUCCAUUUGUUCAAUCAAAUGUUCCUUCCAGUGGACCUGGUAGACCACCUCCAGGUAGCACUGGAGUUCCUAUUACUAGUGGUGGACCCCAAGGUAGUCCUAUAACAGGGUCUGCUAAUGGACACCCCAGUGGUUUGCCACCACACCCUGCACACCCAGUUGGGCCUCCCCCAAGCAGUCAUUCUAAUGGACCUCCAGGUGGGCACCCUGUAUUACCGCCUACUAGACCUGGUGGUCCUCAGAGUGGGCAUAGACCAAGUACAGGUGGACAAGGAGGUCCUGGUGGUGUUGGUCGAGGUCACCCAAAUAGCGAUAAUCUUGGACGAGGAGGCAGAGGAGGUUUUGUGAGAGGUGACAUGCCUAUGGGCCCAAGAGGGGUCAUGAUGGGAGGAAGAGGUGGUGGUAAUGGCAGAGGAGGACCAAUUCUUGAAAAUGAAGAAGGCUGGGGAAGAGGCGGAAGAGGAAGAGGUAGAAGAGGGAGGGGACACAUGAAAGGUGGUCGUGGUUGGGGUCAAGGGGAAAUAAUGGAGGAUGAAUGGACUGGAGAGCCAGAACUCCCAUUUCUUUCGGAUGAGUACUUACAGACAGUUGAUAGAGACAAUGUUACGAGGAAGAUUGAGAUUGAUGGAGUGAAACGUGAAGUGCGUACAUAUGGUCAAACAGCUGUAGUGUUCAUGGAAUGGGAUGACCCUCGUAUUCUUACAUUUGGUGAAGGACAAGUUACUGUGGUUUUUGAUGGAGGACAGUAUCGAAUGAAUCUUCGGAUUGGAGAGGACUAUAAAGAAUUCACAUAUAUUGGAAAGAAACAUCGUGUAAGAUUGGGUCCUCCUUCACAAGAAAUAUUAUUGGAUGACAUUGGCUAUCAUUGUCUCAUAGGGGGUGAACCUGUCACAGUUCAUUUUGAUGGUAACGCUCAUACCAUAGCCUUAGAAGGUAAACCUCCAAAUGUUAAUAUAGGACCAAUCAGGAAUAUUGAGUUUGUUGCUGGGAUGAUACAGCUAGUAAUUCAAGCUACUAAGUUUGUCACACUGUUUUUAGAUGCAAGACCUCAAAGAUUUAGUAUUGAUGGGAGAGCGUUUGUUAUUAAGUUUGUUGAUGCACUUAAAGCUGUCACAAUUAACAACCAGAAAUUUCCUGUUGAAUUUGGAGGGUUGCCUAUCAGUAUUUGUGUCCGAGGCUUUAGACGUUUUCUUAGUUUUGGUAAUUUACCUCAUGGUAUUAUCCCUGGGCAAGUAGCCAUCAGAGGUAUGGAGGGAGAUGUACUAAGUGCACCAAGAGUUCCAGAUCCAACUGUGAGUGUUCCACCCAUGCUGCCCUCUGGGCAACUGCCACAACCAUUUGAUAGACCUCAUCAGGGUUCUCCAGGUUCAAUACCUAAUAUUCGACCUCAGGGUCCAGUACCUCAGGGACCAAUGCCACCAGGGUCAGCUCCAAGAGGGCCACCUAUACAAAGACCAGUAAUACAUGGUCCUCCUCAGCCACCCACACUAAAAGACCCGUCACACAAAGGCUCUCCUAGUCACCCAGGCUCAGUUUUCACAGGACUGCAUCCACCAACUACAGUGCCUGGUCCUGUUCCAGGACCCAUCCCACCACCACCCCAAGAUGUACAGGUUCCUACCUCACAAGGACUCGUACAAAAUCCACCAGUGUCUCUUGAGCAACCGACUCCUCAACCUCAAGCAAAUCCUUCAGUGCCUCUUCAAGGUCCGCCACCUGUGCCACCAUUAUAUCAUUUUAUCAAUCAACCACCACCACCUAUUCCUGGACCAUUGGUGCCUCAAGCAAGUUAUGGUUCAUACACUACCACUGAAUUACCUCCCAGUGUCAACAAACCUCCCCCUCCCCCAGUAUCAGCUAUACCAUUAGAGUCUCUUCUGGCUAAUUUGAAACGGUUGGGGAUGAUUGGUAAUGACUCAAAUAACAAGGACAAAGAAGAAAAGAAGAAGAAAGAAGAGGAAGAGGAAGAAAAAGAAAGAGAAGCGGAUGAAAAUAUACCUAUUGCAAUGGUAUUUCGCUCUGAGAACUUGCGAAAACGUCGGAAAUGGGUUAUAGAAUCAGUUUAUAGAGGAAUGCAGUGUUCAUCUUGUGGCCUAAGAUAUCCACCGGAACAGACAGUGCAGUACUCCCAUCAUCUUGAUUGGCAUUUUAGAAAAAACAAGAAACAGCAAGAGUCUACAAAGAAAGCCAAUACUCGUAAAUUCUAUUUCUCCAUUGAUGAUUGGUUGCAGUAUGAAGAAAUAGAAGAUCUUGAAGAAAGAGUGCCGAGUAUGUUUGAGAACGAAAUUGCUGAGGAAAUGAUGGAGUCGGAGGAGGAAGUACCAAGUGUACCUGUAACCAGUGGCUGCGUUCCAGAGGGUAGCAGUUAUUCUCUCGAGGUGUGUCCCACAUGUCACGAUAAGUUCCACUGCUUCUUCCAUCAGGAGACAGAAGAAUGGAGGUAUCGAAAUGCUGUACAAGUUGAUGGGUUGAAUUACCAUCCUGCUUGUCACCAGGAUAAUUUAAGGGCUGAGGAAGCAGCAAAGUUGGAAGCAGAAAAGGAAGCUGCUGAUAAAGAAGAACCUGAAGAAAAAAAAGAUGAGGAAAGCAGUGCAAUGGAGGAUGGUGAAAAUGCUGUUUCAGAGGAGAAAGAAGCCAGUGAUCAGAAUCCCUCAGAGAUGGAAGUUGACACUCAAAAGCUAGAUGAAAAUGAUGUACCAAUGGAAUCUCAGGCAUCAGUAACAACAAAACUAGAUGACCUGUCAUUAGCCUCACAACUGCCGGUACGCAUAAAGGAGGAGCCUAUGGAUGUAGAAGACACGGAUGUUCCUGUUAUCACUCCAGUCCUGCCCCUUGAUGUUGUCAUAAAAAAAGAAGUAAAGAAGGAACCAGAGGAGCAAGAUGAGGACGAAUUGUUAGUUCGCAUUGCUGAAGAGGAAGAUGAAAACAGUCUAAUAUUACCUGAGAAUGAUGAAACUGUUUGGACAACUCCAACUGUGGCUGUAAAUGCUGCAGAAACAGAUAUAGCAAGUUCAAUAGAUGGAAACACAGAGCUGUCAACUACAGACACAAGUGAACCAGCUACAACAAAAACAAAGAUUGUGUUUAAUGUGUCAAAACCUUCCAUCGCUAAUAGUGAUGGGAAUAUCACGAAUGAUAAAAAUAAUGAUGUUAAUAGCAAUAUCGUGAAUGAAGACGAGUAUGAAGAAUUUAUUCCUCCCCCAUUUACAGUUGAUUAUGAUAAAAAGCCAGGUUUCAGGGAUGUGGAAUUAGAAGAACAACCUUUAGCAGCUCGAGGAAUAGAAAUAUCAGGUCUUUGCUCAAUAAUGUGAAGAUAUGAUGUUAUGAGAACAGUUCAUACUGUUUAUGAAUAUGCUGUACAUUUCUGGGAGGCCUUAACAAAUUUAGUGAUGUUUUCCAUAGGUUACUAUUUGCAAAGCAAGUUGGAGCUUGAAAUCCAGGUACAGUGUUAGUUCCUUUCACAGAUUAAGUGUGUGUGUAUGAAGCGUAAUGUAGCAUCAUGCACUAUGUUGGGAUGUAUGUAUUUAAGUGAAUACUUUCUUACUUAAUAAUAAUUAUAUACUACCAUUGUCUAUAAUUUAAGUGUUAUAGGAUCAUACAAAAAUCUGGGAGAUUCCAAGUUCUGUAGAAAUAUUAGGUAAUAUUCAUGGGACUGUUUUUCUUUUAAGGCAAUUUUUAAAGGUAUUUAUUGUUUAUUUUUAAUUUUAUCAGUAGUGGACAGAACUUGAUUGACUACUUCUUUUGUAGGUUAGCUUUCUUCGCUGAUGGAAACCUAUUUCUUUUCUGUGAUUAUAGGUGAAGGUAGAUAGAAUACCUUUGUUGGAAAAGUACAAAUGUUAUAAACUGUUUCACAGUAAAUUGAUGACAUCUGGGCCUUCUUGUGUGAUUUGACAUUCUAACAAGUCAGUAUUUAUUAUGCAAGCUUAUUUGUUUAUGUAUUUGUAUUAAUCAUCAAACCCUAGGUAUAUACAGGUGUUUUACCAUUAGUAUUUUCUUUCUUUCCUUUUUUGUAAAGUGGAUUUAUUAAAUUUUUUCCAUGAUUGUAAUGUUCACUUAGUAUUUUGUUUUCCCAGUCUUUUCAAGUAAAUGUAUUAGAUUAGUUAGAUAAUUUUUUUUCUAUACAGUAGUUGAAUAUCAAAUUAUUAGGAAUAAUUCAGUUUCCCCAUGUAAUUGGAUAGACAAUGGUAGAUAUAUGAAUACACUGAGGAAUAUGCAUGUUUUAAUGCAUACACAGUAGCAUGGGACAGAAAUCCUAUUUCUGUUUGACACUGAUUACCUAUUUUCAAAAUUGCUGUCUGUAAAGUGGUUUUUAUUGAACUAAUAUUUUCUACAAUUUACAUUCACUUUGUAAGUAUGUGUGUAAGAAGUGCAUACUGUAUUUCAUAUUGUUACUUGUUUUUAAAGUGAAGUGUUUGCAAAGACAGUGAUAAAAGAUUUUAAUUUUAGACCACGUCUAAUCCAGUGCAGUAUUUGAUAAUCUGAUUCCCUGGAAAGAUAGAUAUUGUGAAUUGUUGCAAUGUUUUGUACAUUUGUAAAUAGAAAAUAAACUUAUUUUCUUAAGUUUGUUCUUUUUUUCUCACAUCCCCUAACAUUACACCAGCUUUAAAGUUGAUUGUACAGUACUUGAUACAUUUAUUAUGGAGUAUGGAGUAAAAUUUUCUUUUUUCCUCCCAUCGCCCUAUCAUUCCACAAACAUUAAAGUUGAUUGUACAAUAUUUUGAUACCUUUCACAUGAAUAAUUGGAAUUAUCUAUUUACUACAUUUUACAGUACUUUCAGCACUUCAUAAUGAUUCACUGACUGUACAAUAAUUUUAUAGAGCUAUAUUCGGGAUGCCUGCAUAGAUUAAUAUAUUGGUGUUAGAUAUGUGUUUUUUUUUCAGUAGAGGUUAAACAGAGGUUGGAUAGAACAUGAAAGACAGAUACUUUGAUGUUGUACAGUUUAUUGCUAAAUAAAAAAUUAAAAGCAA